AUGGCACCUAAGAGAAAGAAGGCCGACGCUUUUGCAGUCGAGACCCCCGCAGCAAAAGUCAGACGUAGCUCCAGAAGAGUCAAUGGGCCUCCCGGGCAGCAACAGGAUGGCUCUCGGCAAGGGGGAAAAAAGGAGGACCCCCUGGGCCCGGCGGGAAGUCCAAAUGGUUCACGAGAGGCGUUUGAGCGCACCAUGAGAGAGCUUGGAGAGAUGGGUCUGAAGCUUCAAAGCGCAGUAAAAAUCCAGCGGCUAGCUGUGGAAACUUCCGAUUUGUCCAAGUGUGACCCCGAAAGGGUUCGAGAAGAGGCCUUCAAGCUUAGGCCGGCAUCGAUGAGACAAGCAAAAGCCGAGCAGAAGGUCGAAGAAAAGGCUUCGGAGAAACCCAACGUUGAUACUGACUUGCAGUCGGCUGAUGCGGCUGAAGAAAAAGCAGACUCCGAGGUUGUUGAAAGGACUGCGAGGAGACCGCCGCCUGUGAAUAGUGACGUGCUGCCACUACCGUGGAAAGGCCGUUUAGGUUAUGCUUGUCUUAACACAUACCUCAGAUCUGCUAGCACUCCUGUCUUUUCGUCCCGAACUUGCCGUAUAGCUUCGAUUAUUGAUCAUAGGUAUCCCCUCCAAGACCCAACAAAGCCUGAACAUGCCACCAAAAACCGACCCGACAAAACUCAGCCUCCAGAUGUAAAGCGCGGACUAGACUUUGUCCGGGAGCUCGGUCUUGCAAACGCCAGAGACAUUGUCAAGAUGCUACGAUGGAACGAAAACCAUGAAGAAUACGGUUAUAAGCUCGCCCCAUUUGCCGCCGAUGUGUUGGCUGAAGCCGGCAAGGUAGCUGCUGAGCUAGGUCAUCGCCUCACCACACACCCGGGCCAGUAUACGCAAAUUGCUAGUCCGAGGAAAGAGGUCGUCGCUGCUGCUUUCAGGGAUCUCGAGUAUCACGAUGAGAUGUUGUCAUUGUUGAAACUUCCUGAGCAGCUUGACCGGGACGCCGUCAUGAUUCUGCACAUGGGCGGUACAUAUGGCGACAAGGCAGCGACUCUGGAUCGCUUUCGCGAAAAUUAUGCCAAAUUGCCAGAUGGAGUGAAGAGAAGGCUAGUUCUGGAGAAUGACGACGUCUCAUGGAGUGUCCAUGACCUGCUACCCAUCUGUGAGGAACUCAACAUUCCUCUGGUGCUGGAUUAUCAUCAUCACAACAUCAUUUUCGAUCCCAGCCUUCGCGAGGGCACGUUGGAUAUCAUGAGCCUAUAUGAUCGCAUCGCAAAAACCUGGACCAGGAAAAACAUCAAGCAGAAGAUGCAUUACAGCGAGCCAACCGCAGAGGCUAUUACGCCACGGGAUCGGCGUAAGCAUUCAGCGCGCGUUAAGACGCUUCCACCUUGUGCAACAGACAUGGACUUGAUGAUUGAGGCGAAAGACAAGGAGCAGGCAGUAUUCGAACUCAUGAGGACAUAUAAACUUCCGGGGUGGAACCGAUUCAACGACGUCGUUCCCUAUGAGCGAGACGAUGAGCCUAAGAAAGAAACGAAAAGAACCAAGAAGGAGAAGCAGAACGACACGACUGGCGAGACUGAAGAAGGAGAUUCUACAAAUACCAUCAGCCCAGAAGAGUAUGGAAUGGGAGGACAGCAGAACCGGGUAUAUUGGCCACCAGGAAUGGAGGAAUGGCUGCGACCCAAGAAAAGAGAGAUCAACAAGAAGACCAAAGCUGAAGAUGAAGCGUGA